GCGAGGUAUUAUAAAGUCAUUUUCGGAAUCAAAGCACAACCUGAUACUGGACUUUUUCUUCCGAACAAUAUCACUAAAACAUUGUGUUCCUGGAAACAGUUUUMAUUGCCUUGACCUUAGUGGUUGCCAUGACUGCGGGUGAUAAUUUACGUUGCACUAAGGCAAACUUCGAUCGCUACAUUAACAAGAGACUUYGGUGUGGAAUAUUCAAAACCCUAACUAUAGAUCAUGCUGACUGCCAAGAAAUGUGCGCAGCCACCUUAAACUGCUUCUCGACGAAUAGCUACCACGGCGAUAAUGGCCAGGAAACUUGUGAGUUGGUCAGAGGAAUAAAGGAUUCUUUUAAUGAUGAACGAUGCUUUGCCAGAAAMGAUGGAGGAGUCCAUAGUGAGCUAUUGGUCAGUAACUUUAAUYAUGGUUCUACUCGCAAAGCUCUGCCAGAUGGCUCGUUUCAGUUUGGUUCGUCUGUAUUCAAGUACCUUAAAAAUAUGACCGAGUCAGAGGCAAAAGCCGCAUGCAAAUCCAAUGGAGCAACCUUGCUUACCAACAUCGUCAAUGAAUUAAACUCGGAAUUUAUUGCUGGAGUUUUUCCUGAUGCAAAACCGAAUAAACCUUAUCUCAAUUUAGAUAAAAUGGGAGCAACAAAGAUCUGGAAGCUUGAUGGAUCGGAUUCAGAUGUCGUAAAAAAUGGYAAUGCAACAUAUACAAGAGACGACGAAGCUGCAACCACUGUCCUUGAGUUACCAGGAACUGCAGGCUCAUUUGCAACAACUCCAAAGUUUCCAAUCUCACAAAAGAAUUCCACUCUUUCAUUCUGGAUAAAGUCUCCGGAUUYCAGCCAAUUUACUACGGCAGAUACCUCGUCACAGGUUUACUCGUCAUGGGGCAAUCCCCAUGUAUUUGCAAUUACCCCAAGGAUGUUCACGGCCAGGAAAGUAUACUUCCAAAAAGGCACGCGGUUUAAAGUUAAACACGGAACGGCUUUGAAAGAGAACCAGUGGGUGCACGUUGUCGGAAUCUGGAACCGUUAUGCCUUUGGAGAAGGGUUAGCAUCGUUGUAUAUCAACGGAGAAAAAGUAAACCAGGAGCUUGUAAAAGACAGUAAUAGAAACGGAAUUGGAUUCCCRAACCCACCAGGCGAUGUAUUCGAUAUUGGCUACAACAGAGAAACUGCAGCAGUGAUGAAAGGAAAAAUACGUCAUUUAGUAGUGUUCGAUCGUCCACUGACCGAGGAAGAAGUCAAGGAUCUUAAAGACGCCACAUACAACACAGGAGUAGUAACCACGGCCAACGUCGUWUGUAAAAAGAAAGUUUAAAACUGCCAAGCUUUGGAAGAGGAMCUUCACUUCGUCGACUUAUACUUAGCAGCUGCUUAUGAAUGCAAAAACUCUGAACAGUUAAAAUAAUUGAAUUUUUUACCAUGAUUAUGAAUCACAAUCAACUUUUGAAAAAAAAGGGAAUGGCACUAUUGUUCGAUUUUUCUUUGAGAAACCUCACCACUCGUAAAUUAAUGCAGAUUAUUUAUUUAUUCUUAAGAUGCGGCWUGCAAAAACACAAAACAASGRAAUGCGUUUUUUCCAGUGAAUUUUGAAAUCAAGAAAAUAUUUUUCAAAUUAACGCAUGCAUAAUGUGAAUUUGUCUCAAUGUGUUUCUUUUUAUUGGAGAUUAAUAAAGUACAAGGUGUAAAGGUUCAACUCAUAAUUUGUCUAAAAUUCCAUUUUGUUUCUGAAUAAAUUACUAAGUCUCGU